AGUCCAAUGCAGGUACUGUCACAAGGGCAUGACAGAAAAUCAGACAUGGGUCACAGAAUUCAUUCUCCUGGGAUUUCCCCUUGGCCCAAAGAUUCAGAUGCUCCUCUUUGGGCUCUUCUCCCUGUUCUACAUCUUCACCCUGCUGGGGAACGGGGCCAUCCUGGGGCUCAUCUGGCUGGACUCCAGACUGCACACCCCCAUGUACUUCUUCCUUGCACACCUGGCCAUCGUUGAUAUUUCGUAUGCUUCCAACAAUGUCCCCAAGAUGCUGGCAAAUCUUCUGAACAAGAGAAAAACAAUCUCCUUUUUCCCAUGCAUCAUGCAGAACUUUUUAUACAUGGCUUUUGCUCACACCGAGUGUCUCAUCUUGGUAAUGAUGUCCUAUGAUCGGUACGUGGCUAUUUGCCACCCUCUGCAAUAUUCUGUCAUCAUGAGAUGGAGAGUGUGCACAGUCCUGGCUGUCACUUCUUGGGCAUGUGGCUCCCUUCUGGCCCUGGUCCAUGUGGCUCUCAUUCUGAGGCUACCUUUCUGUGGGCCUCAUGAAAUCAACCACUUCUUCUGUGAAAUCCUGUCUGUCCUCAGGCUGGCCUGUGCUGACACCUGGCUCAACCAGGUGGUCAUCUUUUCUGCUUCCGUGUUCAUCCUGGUGGGGCCACUUUGCCUGGUGCUGGUCUCCUACUCACACAUCCUGGCGGCCAUCCUGAGGAUCCAGUCUGGGGAGGGCCGCAGAAAGGCCUUUUCCACCUGCUCCUCCCACCUCUGCGUGGUGGGGCUCUUCUUUGGCAGCGCUAUAGUCAUGUACAUGGCCCCAAAGUCCCGCCAUCCUGAGGUGCACCAGAAGGUCCUUUCCCUGUUUUACAGCCUUUUCAACCCGAUGCUGAACCCCCUGAUCUACAGUCUGAGGAACACAGACGUCAAGGGCGCCAUGAAAAAAGUGUUGUGGAAACAGAGAUCAAGGUGAGGGAUACCAGGGAAAGUCCAGAGGGUUGAAGAUUUGC